UGGACGGCGAACCAAUCAGAGGAAUUAAAGCGUUUGAUCCCGCCCCUUUGUGUACUUCACAUCCGGAGUCUCCGCCCUACUACUUCCUCUUUCCCAGUUCGCAGUCAGCGAGAGACACCAUGAAGGCGUCUGGCACACUUAGGGAGUACAAAGUCGUUGGGCGCCUCCUGCCCUCGGUUAAGAACCCCACCCCUCCUCUCUACCGCAUGAGGAUCUUCGCUCCUAACCAUGUGGUGGCCAAGUCUCGCUUCUGGUACUUUGUCUCCCAGCUGAGGAAGAUGAAGAAGGCCAACGGAGAGACAGUCUACUGUGGUCUGGUGCACGAGAAGACUCCCCUGAAGGUGAAGAACUUUGGCAUCUGGUUGCGUUACGACUCCCGUAGCGGAACCCACAACAUGUACCGAGAAUACAGAGACCUGACCACCUCUGCAGCCGUCACCCAGUGCUAUCGUGAUAUGGGCGCUCGCCAUCGUGCCCGCGCCCACUCCAUCCACAUCAUGAAGGUCCAGGAGAUCGCUGCCAAUAAAUGCCGCAGACCUGCAAUCAAGCAGUUCCACGACUCCAAGAUCAAGUUCCCCCUGCCCCACAGGGUCCUGCGUCGUCAACACAAGCCCCGCUUCACCACCAAGAGACCAAACACCUUCUUCUAAAGGAAAUAACCUCUUGUUUUCACUUUGUGCGGGACAAUAAAAUUUCUACUUGUAGAAAAGAAGCCA